AAUACCAAAAAACGAACCAUGACUACAUCGUGAAAGUAGCAGAGCUGGCUAAAGCUGGAGGCUGCAGCCAUUUUGUACUUACAUCUGCCAUUGAUGCAGACAAGGACUCCAUGAUGGUCCACAAGAGACUGAAGGGUGAGGUGGAAGCUGAGUGCACAGACAUGAGCUUUCAGAAGUUGUCUAUAUUCCGACCAGGACUGAUCCUAGCCCAGCAGAACAGGAGGAAUUCCAGGGUCUUAGUUGCGCUGUUGACUCCCAUCAUCUACUUCAAACCCACACUGAUGUCUGUUCCUGCUGAAACUAUUGGCAAAGCCAUGGUCAACACUGUCCUGGACCCGAGUGAAGACGCAGUGAAGAUUAUUGAUAACAAAGGUAUCCAUCUAGUGGCAAGUGGAAAGGAAUGUAAAAAAUAGUUGUACAUUUUUUUAGUGAUGUCUUGUGUGCCUUUCAACAAACUCUUGUAUAACAAGGUCAGAGAAUUAGUUCGAGAAAUAGUUAGGAAAAUAUGUCUUUUUUGAUGGAUUUUAUAUAAAAGCAUACUUUCAUCCCAUACUACUGUUUUGUAUGUUUGUUAGAUAACAGUAGAUACCAUACAUUAUAUAUAUAUACCUAGUAUAUUGCAAUAAAGUUAUUAUUUCUAAAACAAGAAUUUAUGUCUAUCAAUUUUGUGUGUAUGUUUCAUAAAACCCACAUUCUACAAACCCAGU